ACGUGUUCUUGUGUAAUGUGCUGUACCGUGUCAACAGUGAACGUCAUUGGAUGUUUUGUAUUUGGAUAUGUUACAGGGCAAGUUUUGGAUAACCAGAGUCGGGCUCCCUGGAGUUUGUCAUCUAUAACAGAUUUCUUCUGGUCAAUAGCAGAUUUUGUGGUCCUGUUUUUCCAGAGCAUUAUUCAACCAGAUUUGAGAAGAAGAGGCUACACAUCUUCCUCCUAUUCGGGAUACAAUGAUGGAAGAGGACCUCCAGCACAUCCUCGCCGUAGAAUGGGCCGAAUAAAUCACUGGGGUGGAGGGCCCAGUCCACCACCAAUGGCUGGAGGUGGAUGAGGAAGGUAA